AUGGCAGCUCCAGCUGAUUAUUCGAUUGACCCCUCAACUAACCCGGCUUCUUGGCCGACCCCGCAUCAAACUGUCGAGCAGGCAAAUAUUAGCAAAUUUAAUGUUGACUUCAUUAACACAAACACGAUCGGCGACUCGGACUUUCACAACCUGCGCAUCGGCGCCGAGGGACACGUUCACCAUGUCUUCACGCAGGUGACUAAACACCUGGCUCGUGGUAUCUACCAUUCAAUCAGUCUUAAUGCGACGGAGCACUCGUGCGUGGUGGUAUAUAUCAACAAGAAAGAAGAGAAGUGA